GUGUCUUUUCCUGUUCUCUCUUCCUUAUUCUUGUUCUCUCUCUGUUCCUCCCCUCUCCUUUCUCAUCGUCUUGGUGUUAUCAAUCCAUGGUCGACUCUGCUCUCUCUCCGUCCUUUCUCGGUGUUGUCAAUUCGAGUACCUAUCCUCUGUCAUAACCCAGGGAGGAGCCUGGUCUUUUUCUCGACUACGCUUUCUAUUCAGUGGUCGAGUUGCUCGGAAUCAGUUCUCUUUUCCUAUUAGGGAACGAUCUAGGUGCUGAAAUCAAUCGGAAUAUGACCUGAAUCCACGAGGGGUUUUGACUGAGUGAGCGAUUCUCUCAGGAUUUGAUUGGGUUUUUUAUCUGUUUGGUGGUGGUGUUGGCGAUGGAGGAUUCCGAUAACAAUAGGUGUAGGUCGAGCGGCGUGACGAUAGAUGACGUCAUCGAGCAAGUGAUGCCGUACAUAACCGACCCCAAGGACCGUGAUUACGCGUCGCUGGUGUGCCGGAGAUGGUGCAAGGUCGACGCCGACACGAGGGAGCACGUGACGAUGUCUCUCUGCUACACGGCGAAGCCCGACUGCCUGAGCCGCCGCUUCUCAAAUCUGAGGUCGAUGAAGCUGAAGGGCAAGCCCAGAGCCGCCAUGUUUAAUCUGAUUCCGGAGAAUUGGGGAGGGUAUGUUACCCCUUGGGUGAACGAGAUCGCGGCCUCUUUCCGGCAGCUCAAAUCGGUCCACUUCCGGCGUAUGAUCGUCAGCGACUUGGACCUUGAUCUUCUGGCGAAGGCGAGAAAAGACGAGCUCGAGGUUUUGAAGCUCGAUAAGUGUUCUGGGUUCUCUACUGAUGGGCUUUUGAGCCUCGCUCGACAUUGCAGGAAGAUAAAAACAUUUCUCAUGGAAGAAAGUUCUUUCGUUGAAAAGGAUGGUGAAUGGCUUCAUGAGCUUGCUCUGCACAACACGUCAUUUGAGGUUUUAAACUUUUACAUGACGGAGCUCGUGAAAAUCAACCCGCAAGACCUUGAAACCAUAGCUAGAAACUGCCGCUCUCUGGUUUCUCUGAAGCUUGGCGACUGUGAGAUUCUUGACCUUGUCGGGGUCUUAAAGGCUGCUACUAAUCUCGAAGAAUUCUGUGGUGGCUCCUUCAACGAGGAUCCUGACCGGCCUGACAAGUACUUGAAUUUAGUUUUCCCACCUAAACUGCGUGGUUUGGGCCUCUCCUACAUGGGUACAAACGAGAUGCUGAUAAUAUUUCCAUUUGCUGCCCAAAUCCGGAAGUUAGAUUUGCUCUAUGCACUGCUGGACACCGAGGAUCAUUGUACAUUAAUCCAGAAAUGUCCUAAUCUGGAAGUUCUUGAGACAAGGAAUGUGAUCGGAGAUAGAGGGCUAGAAGUCCUUGCACGGCACUGCAAACGAUUGAAGCGGCUGAGGAUUGAACGAGGUGCGGAUGAACAAGGAAUGGAGGAUGAAGAAGGCUUAGUCUCUCCGAGAGGAUUAAUGGCUCUUUCCCAAGGAUGCCAGGAGCUCGAAUACAUGGCUGUAUAUGUCUCCGACAUCAAUAACCAAUCCCUAGAAAGCAUAGGUACAUUCCUGAAAAACCUUCAGGACUUCCGCCUCGUGUUGCUGGACUGGGAAGAGAGAAUUACGGAUUUGCCACUGGACAACGGAGUCCAAGCCCUCUUGCAGGGAUGUGAGAAGCUCACAAGGUUUGCCCUCUAUCUCAGGCCAGGAGGUCUAACCGAUAUGGGUCUAAGUUAUAUAGGGCAGUACAGCCAAAAUGUGAGAUGGAUGCUACUCGGGUACGUGGGUGAGUCGGAUGAGGGUUUGUUGCGAUUCUCGACGGGCUGUCCCAAGCUACAGAAGCUAGAGAUGAGAGGCUGUUGCUUCAGUGAACAGGCAAUAGCUGUUGCGGUCACGAGACUGGUUUCACUGCGGUACCUAUGGGUGCAAGGCUACAGGGCAUCUGCCACAGGGCGUGAUCUCUUGGCCAUGGCUCGUCCCUUCUGGAACAUCGAGUUGAUUCCCGCUAGAAGAAUCCCGGAAGUGAGUCAGCUCGGAGAGGUUAGAGAGGUGGAGCACCCAGCUCAUAUUCUAGCUUAUUACUCUCUGGUCGGUCAGCGAAGAGAUUUCCCUCCUACCGUUAUCCCCUUUGGUCCGUGCCCUUGAAGAGGUUUCACCACAGCCUCUUGGUCUGUACAUAAAACCCGCUUCCCUUUCCACGACUCUGCUUCGGGUUUCGCUCUCGGCUGUAUCAUCAUCGGUCAUAGAUUCGUAGAGCCGAAUCUGUGAAGCCGAAUUCAUUUCAUCAUCGUCUCUCUUUGUUAGAAUUUGCAGUUUAUGAAUAAAAGAUCGUUCAUUAGUGCAGAAGA